CAGGAGAUCAGUAACACAGCUGUUUGCAGAAUAGAUAAUAGAGCAUCAGUGCAAACUAGCCCCGGGAUUAUUACCCGUACUGGUGCAAGAAGAACUGCAUACUACAGAAGAUGAAGUUUAUCCUGGCCUCAGCUGUUCUGUUGGUACUUCUUACAGUACUGGAAUCGAAACCCCACAAAAAAACAAAGGAGCAAGAAGAAUGUGUGUGCUUGCAUGGAGGAAGUUGUGCAUAUUCCAGAAUCAACAAAAAAUCCUAUAGAUGUGUCUGCCCCAUAGGGUACACUGGAGUGCACUGUGAGAAAGACUUGAGAGCUAAGUGCUACAAAGACUGUGGCAAUGAUUACCGUGGCACAGCUUCCAAAACCAACAGCAACUAUGACUGUCUGCACUGGGAUUCUCCACUCUUAAAAAAACAUUACUUUAAUGCUCAGAUGAAGGAAGCACUAAAGCUGGGACUUGGGAAGCACAACUACUGCAGGAACCCAAACAAUGGCCUUAAACCAUGGUGCUACUUUAAGGGACCAACAGGCAUUGUAAGCAUGUUUUGCCAGCUGCCAAAAUGUGAAGAGAUAACCACAGAAUCCUCCUGUGGCCGUCGUCAGCACAAAAUGUAUAAAAUAGUUGGCGGAAGAAGUAAUCCUAUUGAGUCACAGCCAUGGAUAGCCACACUGUACCAGGUUAGCAGGAGAAACAAACAGCAGCAAUACUUCCAGUGUGGAGCAAGUCUCAUUCACCCCUGCUGGGUGCUUACUGCAGCCCAUUGCUUUCCAGACAGUGAUUAUCCAGAGCCCAAGGAUUAUGUGGUCAUCCUGGGAAAAUCUAACAUUGAUGAGACAAAUGAUCACAGGGAACAGAGAUUUCAGGUGGAGAAAAUAAUCCGUCACCAACAUUACAGUGAUAGGACAAAUGCACUGGACAAUGAUAUUGCAUUGAUGAAGAUCCGUUCUGCAUCGGGACAAUGCGCUUCGAUGUCCAGUUCCGUACAGACCGUCUGUUUGCCAUCAGCUGACAUGAGGAUGAAGGAUGGGACACACUGUGAGAUUGCUGGAUUUGGAAAAGAGUCAUAUGAUAGCAUUGUGUUCUCCCAAACCCUGAAGUCCACAUCUGUUCAGCUCAUCUCGCAGGAUGUGUGCCAGUCAGAGCAAUACUAUGGGAAACUGAUUAAUAACAAUAUGUUUUGUGCUGGACAUCCAGAGUGGAAAGUGGAUGCAUGCAAGGGAGAUUCUGGUGGCCCUCUGACCUGCCAGUACAAUGAGCAAAUGGUGCUAUAUGGUAUAAUUAGCUGGGGGGAAGGGUGUGCCAAGGAGAACAAACCUGGAGUGUACACCCGAAUCACAAACUACUUGCCCUGGAUACAGGAGCACAUGGCCGAAUCUAGUAAUGUGAGAAAUAACAUAGCUAAAUCAAUUAAUGUGGGAAAUAACAUUAUUCCAAAGUGAGCACACAGUCUUCCCAGUAACUCAGAUUAAAUGGAAGGUAGAGGAGAGAAGGGAAACUUAUUGGGCUCACUCUGCCAGCCAAGCCUGCCUGGUAAUUUUGAUGUUAAGAAUGGAACCAAUGUUUAUUUGUAAGCUACGACAUGCUGCCAUUUUUUUCAUUAUUGUUUUUAAUUAUUUUUUUUGCUGUUUAUUACUACACGUUGCAUUGUGAGUAAAUAACAGUGUGCGCAUGCUCGGUAUGUUAAAAGAUUGUGCACAUGGGUUUUCUAUCCAGUCUGAGCUGUUUAUGAAUGGAGUGCAGUGUAUGUCGUACUAAGGAUCUGUGAUUUCUAUGCUUUGCACAGGAUAAAGCAGAUAGCAGAGCACAAGCAGAGAGAAUGGUGCACGUUCUCCUAUCGGGAUAGACAUGUUUUAUGGACUGAUAAGUGCUAGCGGUGUUCUCUGUGCUACUCAGGUCCAUAAAUUCUGAAACCCUGAAACUGAUCUGAAUGUCCAUACUGUUAUUCCUCAGGUUCAACACAUCUAGCCAGCAAAUUAUUAUUAUUUUAAAUCUCCUUGCAGUCUAAAUUAGCUAUAGCUUAUAUUACAGUGUUCGUGAAUAACAUAUUUCAUCCUAUGAUGUUAUUAUUUUAUAUGCCGAUACCAUGUUGAACCCCUUCACUGUACAAAGAAAACUAUAGAAGUCUGAAUAUAUAUAUAUAUAUAUAUAUAUAUAUAUAUAUAUAUAUAUAUAUAUAUGUAAUAGAAGAUGGAGAUGAACAGGCAAUACCAUUCAUAGCAUACGGAGGAAGAUGUAGCUAACCUUCUAAAGAGGAUGAUUGGAGAAGUUGCCCAUAGUAACCAAUCAGCUUCUAGCUAUCAUGUAUCACGUACACUCAGUACAAUGAUAGAUUGAAUUUGAUUGGUUGGAUGGCCAAUUUCACCUGUCCUCUUUAGAAGGUUAGAUACAUUCCCCCAGGGUAAAGUUUAGAGAUCUUGGCCAUGUAUGUAGUUUUCCUGCCUCUUAAUUAUUGUGCAGUGUAGCCAUACAUGUGGAUUAACUACAUACAGAUAGAGCCUCGCUCAUCUAGUCUUCUCUGCUGCACCUAGGUGCUCCAUGGUUUAUUAGCAUAAGCCUUUCAUCUAUUGUUCUCAGCUGCAAUACAAUACAGAGAGAACAAUACAGCAGGGGAUUAAAUCAUUACAGCAGGGGAUUAACUCCGACUGCCCUGGCUCAGUUAAUCCUAUUAAAGGGAUAGAUGAGGAGGGCUCCAUCUGUACAUCUGUUCGGCACCCAGGUCGACUUGCAAAAUUAUUACUGUGUCAGUGGGGCCUGCAAUUGCAAAAUGAUGGACGGGUAUCCAGUAGCAGUCACCGUCUGACCAUGUUCACCAACAUGAGUUUUAGCUAUUUUGUAAACAACACAUGCAGAGACAUGGCACGGUUUGCCUGCCGUUGCCUAUAGUAUCGCAUGUGCAGCCAGCAUAUGACACUCUAACUGCUUGUCCUGGAGCAAUGUACUUAGAGCACAGUGGAAAGUAUAUACAGGAUAUGUUAGCCAGGUGAAAAACGUUUUUGAAGCCAUUAGUGUCUAGAGCAUUUCAAAUAAUAAUUUUCAACAGUGAGUGACUAUUAAGAAUAUGUUCAUGGCAGUUAGAUGUCAUUUUCUUCAGCAACGAAGGGGUUAAUAUGGCUUUGCGCUGUUUACUGAACCAGUCCUCGUGAGGGUAUAUCCACUAGUCAAGGUGGCAAAAACUUUGGCCCUCAUUCCGAGUUGAUCGCUCGCUAGCUGCUUUUCGCAGCAGUGCACACACUAAGCCACCGCCCUCUGGGAGUGAAUCUUAGCUUUGCAGAAUUGACAACGAAAGAUUUGCAUAAUUGCCAAUAGAAAUUUCUAAGCAGUUUCUGAGUAGCUCGGGACUUACUCUGCCACUGCGAUCAGUUCAGUCAGUUUCGUUCCUGGUUUGACGUCACAAACACACCCAGCGUUCGCCCAGACACUCCCCCGUUUCUCCAGCCACUCCCGCGUUUUUCCCAGAAACGGCAGCGUUUUUCCGCACACACCCAUAAAACGGCCAGUUUCCGCCCAGAAACACCCACUUCCUGUCAAUCACACUCCGAUCACCAGAACGAAGAAAAAUCCUUGUUAUGCCGUGAGUAAAAUACCUAACUUUUGUGUAAAAUAACUAAGCGCAUGCGCUCUGCGAACCUUGCGCAUGCGCAGUAAGCGACUAAUCGCAAUAUUGCGAAACUCGGCAACGAGCGAACAACUCAGAAUGAGGGCCUUUGUACAUAUGUAACCAGUAAAUUAUUUCUAAGUUUAAUAAUUUAUGUAAUUAUUUUAUUAUAUAUUUAUUUCUGUGGAAGGAAUUAUGUUUGUUUACACAAAUGUUAUUUUUGUAUUUGAAAUCAGCAACACUAUAGAGGCGACUUGUUUACAUUAAGAUUUACUAGCACAUACUGUAUACAUGUUAUUCUAAAAGCUACUCUCAGGAGACCUCUUGUGGACAAGGCACUCAGCAACAUCUCUCAUUAAAGAGGGGCAGAGUACACACUGGUAUUGUACUAAUGCUUGUUUAAGUAAAAAGAUGUAUAUCAACUACAAUGGAUUUAUAUUUCCAUUUCAACGGCGGGAUGUGAUGGCGUCCGGGAUUGCAAGAGGUGCGGGAUGCUGGACGAUCUCUGUUGUUUUUUUAAUGGGGCAACCACUUACAAGACAAAAUCAUGCUUUGUAAGUGAUUGCCUCUUUAAAAAAAAGUCCAAGAUCGGCCGGCACCCCGUAACCUCCAGCGAUCCCGGACUCCAUUACUUUCCGCCGCAUAUAUUUUUUUGCUAAGUUUAUGAUGUGUUCAUUUUGUGUAUUUUAAAUGCGGAGUGAGAAACAGGAUGUUUCUUAUUCAAGCCACACUGAGAUGUAAACGCCUUUCAUUGCAUUUACAAGGUGAUAGUUACUACUGAAAUGAAAGUAAUUUCCAACUGCGCUGGCGCACGUCAGACUCACUGAAAUGGAAAAAGAAGCAAUGCAAACUAACACUAGUUAAAAGCAUUGAAAAGGCAAAUAUUUGCAUUUUGCACAAAGAUUCUCCCUGCCUCUGACAUUUAUGUGCAGUUCAUUUAUGUUAGAAACGCAUCUUACAUAGAGAGCCAUCUAAUCUGGCAUUUUAGUAAAUGUUGGUGGGGGUUGGGGAUGAAGGCAUUGCAUGAGUCCCUGCUGCAACUGCUGGCUUACCUUCAGGUCAUCUUAUAUAUUAUAAACCCAAAGUCAUUCUGUAUUCUGGUUUCGCAAUAUUGUGCCGCACAUCAAUUCAUUACAUUUUGAUGUAGAAAAUGUAAGUUUCCACACCUUAAUCCAUUCCACUAUUUUGCCAAAUCACUACGCAUCUCUUUAUCCCUUCUGGGGUAUCAACACUGUUACAGCUCAUAAUAUCAUCUACGAAAAGACACACCUUCUGUUUUCAGUAACAAUAUUAGUAAUGAAUGUAUUUAACAAAACAGCAACAAAAGAACAGGUUAAAUGCAGAACUGUAACCCCAGUGUGUAGGUAGGUACCUAUAGACAGCGAAUAAAACAAACGCCAAGAUCACAUUCUCUGUAGUGUUGCUGUUUUAAAAUACUUUUUUUUAUCUAGUAACAAGGUACAAGGUACAUAUCAACCAAAUUGUCCCUUCUCUGCCAAAUAAAUUUGCCAUAGACACAUUUUAAUAUGUCUAUGUGGGAAGAUGGCAAGAAUGUAAUUACCGAUGGUCUGAGACUUUUUAGCAAUACCAAGACCAUCUUUAUGUACCUUGUUUACCUUCAUAUCAUUUCUUAUGGGCUGGCCCCUUCUGUAAUCUUAAAUGUAUUCAAAUGUUUAUUUGUACUAUUUUUUUUAUGUCAAUUGUAUUAUUUUAAUUUAUGUUAAUAAACUAUUUAUGAAUAUACAAA